ACGUAAUAUGACGUCAAAGCGUCCAAGAAAAAUGGCCGGCUGAACGUUACCAAUGGAAAUGGACGCUUGGGACCUUCGCUAUAAGAGUGUGCACAAUCACCUACAGUUCAUUUCUGGAGAUACUACUGAAAAGUGUGUGUCUCCUCCUUCGUGCUGUUAUUGUCCAUUGGAUAUAAUUGCUCUCAAGUGUUCCCUGACUGCGUUAACGCAAGUUAAUUUGCUCUGAUCUGCUGAUUUGCUCUGUUGCUGAUUUGCUCUCAACUGCUGAUCUGCUGAUCUGCUGAUCUGCUGAUUUGCUCUCAACUGCUCUGAUUUGCUGCUCUGAUCUGCUUAUUUGCUCUGAUUUGCUGGUUCGCUCUGAUCAGCUAUGAUGCAACCUGAUAUCGAGGCCCCUCCUCCUCAGCCUGAAAAGGUCAUGGAGGUCAGCCGUCCUCGUGCUAACGGCUGGAACUGCCCCCUAGACCCCCUUCAGCUGCUUGGAUGGUUCUUUGUGGUGUUUUUUGCCGUUGCCCAUUAUGGUUUUCUCGUGUUCUACACACCCGACUACUGGAGAAUCACCACCUACAUUCUCCCUGGCCUGGUCCUGUUGUCCCAUGUCAUCUGUACCAUUGUGACCACUUCUCUCAACCCGUCUGAGCCCUCUGUCCGUCACCGUGGCACUCACUCCCGACCCAAGUUCAACCCCUCCACUGAUGGCCACGUGAUUGAGGACACAUACUGCAAACUGUGCGAAGCUCAUGUGGGGAUGAAUGCUAAGCACUGCCGUGUUUGUGACAAGUGUGUGACUGAUUUCGACCACCACUGCAAGUGGCUCAACACUUGUGUCGGAAAGCGUAACUACCGCUGGUUCUUUGCAACCAUCUUGACGGCCCUACUGGGAGCAUCCCUCCUGUUUGUGUACAGCUCCUCCCUCUUUGUUGUCUACCUUGUGGACCGAUGCCAGCUCUGUUACGACUGCGACCUCCCCUAUAAUCUGACCGUGAACGAGAACGGUACCACACUGUGUGACUUUCAGUUUGCUGCUUUUGGAGCCUCGAUGCCCCAUCAAGUGUUCCCAGUCCUGUGUGCUUUCAUCGCUCUUCUGUCUGCACUGGCAAUGAUCCUGGACGGACACCUUGUUUCCCUCCACCUCUACCUCAUCUGGAAAGGCCUCACCACUUAUGACUACAUCCUACUGCUACGUGACAAAGGACCCAAAGAUCCCCUCUACCGACGAAUUCUCAACAAACUGAGGGGAAAGAACAAGAAGAACAGAGUUGUUCCCUCCGACUCGCAAUUUGAUAACGACCUCCGUGCAAUGGAAGAAGGACGCCUCUCGUCCUACUCUGACCAACACUCAUACUCUGCCUCACCUUAUGGAUCUGUUGGAAUGGUGAACUUUGGACGAACUCCUACCGCGAGUAUUGACUCGUUUAGUUCCCACCUCUCUGUGGAACGUCAGCUGGCUAUGACCUUGUCCCGCGUGUCCCCCACUGAAUCAGACAUUGACACCCCCACGUUCGUGGAGUUGGCCCCCCUCCCCCCAUCCACCCACACUACGGCCUCACCCACCAGAACAUCUAAGGAUGAAAAUGGCUCCAAUUCCUCGCUCCCGGACCACCUCCUCUCCUGCCCACACCCCACACUCUCAUACACAGGCACACGAUUUGCCUCCGCUGGUGCCCUAAACCUAGAGUCCACCCCGGCCAAAGACAACAGCCUAAUCGGGACCUCAUCUCAAUCAGACCCCACCAUUCCCCCUGUUGUAAGGAAAAGCGUGCAUUAUUUUUUCGUAUUGGAUCCCCCUCGAUCACUGUCUGCCUCUCGACCACUCCCCCCCAUUGGAUCCUCUCCCUCGAGCUCUGGGAAAAAUACCACCUCGAAAAAACGGCCCAAGAAACCGAAAGCUCCUAAGGAGCUGCCCGCCCUGCGCAAUAAUGGUGGAGCUGUGACUUCCUCACAACAGGAGACUGCUUCAAGCGUUUCUGAUCCAUCGUCUACCCAAGACUCAGGUGCUGGCACCGUUGUCUAAAUGGAACUCAUGAAACGGAACUCGGACACUGAACGAUUUUAUUUUUGUGUGUUUUGAAUGAAUCAGGACCCCUCAGAACAAUUUCAUUGUUUAUGCUGUGAAUAUUGUUACUGAAUAUUCAUUUCCUGUCAAUGAUUUGGCAGUACAUAAA